CCGUAUCCUGCUCCAACCUCUCCUCCCCCUCUGAACGAACCUAGCGCUCUUUCCAUCCGGUUCCACCUCCGAUAGGUACGGUUCCGGCUCUGAUCCAUUCAAUUCCCUUCUUUAUCUCCUCUAUUUCUGUCCACAAUUUUGUCUCCCUUUCACUUCUGUUUUCCGUCGACUUCAUCAUAGUAUACCACUUUUCUCUGAUUCUUCGUUGAAUUGUCGUUUGCUUGUAAUUAUCUGUAGUUUCUCUGCUUCUUCUUCUUCUUCUGGUAAUAUUGGUUAGUGUCGUGAUUUGAUCGUUUGAUGUGUUCAUGCACGUGAGAGUUCGUCGUGAAUACAAGGCUAACAAGAUCUCUGAGGAGGAUUACAUUAAAGCCAUUAAGGUGGAAAUCAAAAAGGUUGUUGAACUCCAAGAAGAGCUCGAUAUUGAUGUCCUGGUUCAUGGAGAGCCUGAGAGAAACGAUAUGGUUGAGUACUCUGCAAGUGCUGCUGCGCAGGCAUUUCUCCAUUUCAACUUCAAAUAUAUGUCAAUCUUGAGGAUUGGAACUCGUCCCACUACUCCUAUGGCUGCCAAAGAAGUUAUAGACCAACCUACUGCCUUAGCUACUUCAAGUACCAGACUUUGGCAAAUUGAUUCUAAUGGGAACCUUGAAUCCUUAAAUGAGAUGACAUCAAAUCGUCUUAAUGUUCCUACUGCCUUAUUAGCUACUUCAAGUCCCAAACUUUGGUUUUUUGAUUCUGGUUGUCAUAACCAUAUGACUUCAAGUAGGGAUGAUUUCUCUUCAACGUCAUCAACUAAUCCCAAUCUUCCUCCUAUUCAAUGUGCUGAUGGUUCCCUUAUGAAAGUUACCGACAUUGGCAAUAUUUCUGCACCAUCAUUGACUUUAUCCAAUGUUUACAUAGUUCCAGAACUUCAUUAUAAUCUUCUAUCUGUUAGUCAAUUAUGUCAACUUGGCCUUAAAGUAUCAUUUUCCACUGAUGGUUGUCAUGUCGAAAAAUCAACAGGAGAAGUUCUUGGAACUGGUUGCAUGGUGAACCGUAUGUUUGUGCUCAAUUAUCUGCAUAUUUCAAAUGAAAUAGAGGAGACCCGCAAGUACGCCGAGGUGAAGCCAGCACCCAAGAACAUGGUUGCAGCCGCAAAGCUCCUCCACACUGAACUUGCCAGUGCCAAGUGAGAAGGCUCAUUAGACAUUGGAGAAUUCAUUCAUCCCAUACCUAUAUUACUGAGAAGUCAAAAGAAAAAGCAAAAAAUGAUUUCCGUAUCAUCAUUUUAAUAACUGGCUCAUUACUCUGGGGCAAACGUGGUUUCGCAUUCUGUUUCUUCUAUAUUUGUUUUUCUUUGGUUAAAUGCUUAAUUUGGUCCCUUAACUUUAAGAAAUGAACAUUUUUGGUCCCUCAACAAUUUUUUGCAUUUUUUUGAUCCCUCAACUAUACGAAAUGCACU